AUGCCGCCUUCGGAUGGCAACCAGCCGAGCCUCCAUGUGCGUAUCCACGACCAGUGCGGUGCCUGUGGCUUUCUCCUCGACCCAGGAGAUCGAAUCAUUGCACUCGAGCGGAACCUCGACUCUGCAAGUUACAGAAUCUUCAACGCACAGAGGUUUACGAGCUCCGCAUACUGCGAGCAAGACCCCGAAGUGCCGGAACGCCGCUUCUGCCGGUUCCCAGACUGCUACCUCUGCAGAAACCUCGAGUAUUGUCGGGAUACCGCGACCAUUCACGCCGACUGCUUCAACCUGUAUCGCAGAGAAGCUGCCGACUUGCACCAUCCUAUGCAUCACUUAUGGCUGAUCUGCCGUGCGCGAUAUGCGUGGAAGGAGUACGACUGGCUGCGUCUUGUGCCGGAUCUUGCGUCGGAGCUUGUUCUGCACAAAGCUACAAAACUCUUCCAGCUGCAUAUACUCGAGAAACUUCCGCCAGAGGUGCUGGAAAUCAUCUGGGACGGGGUGAAGACAGCCCCGUACACUGGUCUACGCCUCUUCUCUGUACUGGAGGCCGUCGAGGGUGUCAGAACAGCUCCAAAAGAAGACCUUUUCGUCGCACUUGACCAGAUAAAAAGCUGGAAGCGUGGCCGAGCCACUGAAAUCUGUGGCCCUGGCCAGAGCACGACGAACCGUCUGCAGGUCAUUAUGGACUGGAGAGGGAUUAAGGAGAUCAGACCUGUACAGCGCGACCCUGCAACAUCGAUGACGCGGCCGAUGCAUAUCGCUUUCGCUGAAGUCCUCCGGCCACACGAGGUAAAGUUCAGGGUCGAGGCCGGGCUCUGCAGGCUCGAGAACAAUCCAGGUAAUCCCUUGCCCGCCAUCUGGGACACUCCCAACCCGCCUGGGAGGGACUCCCCAUCACCGGCCAUUGCAAUGGCAGCCUGCUAUCUUCGGACCGUGUCACUCCACGAAUGCAGCGGCAUCACGUUCUUUGUCAGAGGGGACUCCACUUAUGCAAUCCACGCCCACACACGAGAUGCGCCAUGUGCAGACGUGACUCUCGAGCGCAUAUGUCCCCGCCUUGGACCUUAUUUGAAUUGGGUCUACCUCCCACUGCCGCCAGCAGACUCAAUCAAGACCAUAAAGAUCACAGAGAGGUCCCGGUGGAAGGCUCAGGGGAGUUACUCGUUCACAACUAGUGUUUCCGGGGAAAUUUUCAUUGGAUCGAAUAUACCAAUAGAGGGAGAACCUCUCAAAGGCUGGGAGUUCGAAACGCAGUCACCACGAGUCCUCAUCUACCAAUCUCCCAGAUCCAGACUAUCGAGUUCAGAGAUCCCACUAGCCACGACCUACCCUGCUCCAACACGGCGGGAACACCCCAAAGCGCCGCCACACGAUACUCCUCUGAUGACUUUUGCCAACCAGGUACCGAAGCCGGAAUCUGAUGCUUACUUCUCCUGCGCACCUCUGGCCGGGAUCAGCUGGAUCCGGGUCUACCAGGAUCCUGCCACUAGAUGUUGCAGGGGUAUACUUGCAGGAUAUGAGAGCGGCGGGCAGCGAGCUCUUGGCCAGUGCCGCGUGGGAUGUGACCCGUACAUGCUGUACGAGGGGCCUAAAGGCAUAUGCUGGGUCGAUGCGCCGCCUCUCGAGACCGAACGUGACCCUGAAUCUCCUGGAGUCUUUGUCCAGACAGGCACAGCUGGCACCACACACCGCCACGAAAGCGAGCAGGAUACUGGAUGGGAGUGUCACGCGAUGGUUGGGACCGUUGUUUGCUGGUUUACGGAUCAACGGGUGUACCUCAGCAUCGUUUGA